UGGUCGCUACCCCCAAGCACGGCCCGCGCUUCCUUCUCCAGCUCCUCGUUCUCCGCCAGCACCUCCGCCAGGGACACCACGGGUUCCUCCGCGCCGCUCCCGCCGCUGCCCGGCUCGGCGCCCUCCGGAGCCGCCGCCUCCAUCGCCGGGACGCGAAGGCCGAGGAGCGCGAAGCGAGGCGGGAAACCCGGGCCCGAGGAGGCGCCAGGGGGCGCCACAGCGGAAGCGGAAUGGCGCGCGCCCCACGUGACCGUGGGCGGUGUGUCACGGCGGGGCGGGGCGGCCCGCACGUGACCGGCGGGGCGGGCACAUGAGCGGCUGGCGGUGAUGGCGGAGCUGGCGGCCGAGACGGAGCCCGAGCCGGGCCCGGGGCGCGAUCUGGUGGCGGAGCUGCGGGGCCGCGACGGGAGAACGCGGACGGUGCGGGUGCCGUACCCGGCGGCGGCGGAGGGCGAGGCCGCCCAGCUGCGCGGGCUGCGGGCGGCCCUGAGCGAGCUGCAGGAGCGGGUGGUGGAGCUGCUGGCGCCGCUGGUGCAGGAGGAGCGGGCGGCUGCGGGCGGCGCGCGGCGCGGUGCUGGCGGGGAUGACGGCGACGACGACUACGAUGACGAGGAGGAGGAUGAAGGCGAAGACGAAAACAACGUGGACGCGGCGGCGAGCGGCGAUGACCCUCCCGUGAAGCGGACGAAGGUGCAGCAGCCGUGAGGGCGGCGCUGGAGGCCGGGCCUGUGCCCGGUCAGGCUGUACCGACUGUAAGUGUCCCGGGCCCGCUGCACGGAGCCGCUCCCGUGGCGCUGCUCCUCCCGUUUAAAUGCGAAAUGUCCAUCCCGACACUGCUUUAAUACGGAAGCCUUUCCCAAAGGAUGCGCCUGGGUGUGAGCAGCGUGUUGCUUACAGGGUGCCAGUGUUACGCUGGCACCAGUUUUUUGUAAACUACUUGGCAGGUACAGACUUUUCUCACAAAUCUUCUGAUUGGUAUGUUUUUUAAUAACUUAUUUUGAGUCACAGUAUUUUUUCAUGUGACACCACUUUUAAAAUAAAGCAAUAAAACCUGAAAAGAGUUAUUUUGUCAAAUAUGAUCUUUGAAAGACAGCUUGUGUUUGUAUGGAGAAAAAGCAAUAUAAGAUCAUUAUAAGUAUCAAAAUUAACAAGCAUGUAUAGGACUGUGCCUGUUCCUGUACAAUCCUACAGCAGAAGAUUAUUUUUGCUUAGCUUCAGCAAGGUUUGGUCACCUGUCAGUCAAGAAGCUUCUGUGAAAAGGUAUAGAACACUCUAGUGUUUAUACCUGUUUAAUGGAUAGUCAUUCCAUAGAGCCUAAGGCCUAAGAGUGUUCUCUAGCAGAAUUUAACUGCCUGAAUGAAUACUGUGAAAAGCAUUUCAGGGGCUUAUUUUCAUUUUCUUGUGUUCUGGCACAGUUUGUUUAUAUUUUAUGGGACCUGAGCAAAUCUUGAGACUUACAUAUGUAGGACAAAGUAUGGAAAUAAAUGAACUUUUAUGAGGACAAAA